CGCUAAGCUGCAAUUACGUGUAGUUUGGACGACAGCAUCACUGCCGGUGCACUUGAUGGAAAUGACAUCUCCAGUUUCUAGCAGCUAGCUGCGGUGCUAGCCAAGACAAAGAAAUGAGCAGAGCAGCUCGCCCAGUUCAUCGGCGAACAUCAUGAAUGGGUAGGUAGUAGUUGGGAACUGCGCCAGAUAUAGAGUACAUACAUGCUAUGUUGAUGGAAGAGACGCGCAGGCAGCAAGAAGCAAACAUUGAAGUGGUUCAGAUAGAUGGAUGGAUGGACGCAUUGCUGCGCCAUGAUUCAUCCAAAGCCCAGGCCCACGAACCACAUCUGCAAAGAUCCUUUGAAGAAGCCCCGUUUGCUUCUAAAGAGGGUUGAGAGAACAGAACAGAACAGAGCAGAGAGCGGGCACGUACAAGUAGGCGGUGGCUCGAGCGCUGCGUCUUCCGGCCGAGCCGGCGAAAUCAUCGGACGAUGGAGCCAGUUGGACCGGGACAAGGUCGAGGUCGAGGUCGAGCCCAUGCCGCUCGCUGUUGGCCAAUGCAGGCUCAAGAGGCCCGUUGAAGACCUAGUUUCCUUGCCAAAGACUGCAAAGAGCGAAUCGAGAGCCCUUCCAGUUGACUCUGCCGAUCUAGCUGGGCCACCCGCGUGGCUUGUGGGCGCCGUCAACGAGCGCACAUCACCACCCACAUUUGCUCAAGCAGAUCAGUUCAGAACCAACCAACCAACCAACCAACUCGGCACAGCUCUCGUCAGUCAGGCACAGCUCGUCCCCUUUCUUCGUCCCGCAUGCAGCUAGCCCCAGCUUCGUGCAUCGCAACUGACUCGGCCACGUGGAGUCCACGUCUCGUUUGGGCAAGCUGUUGGUCAUUAUCGCCAGAUGGCAGUUCGCCGAACUUGCAUGUCGUAUCGAACAUGGCCCUGAGCACGGCACUAAGCCAGCGGCGCACCUCUUACUAGUGCCUGG